AUGGUGGUACGUCCACCAUUUUCCGCACUUCCACUGGAUCCGAAUGGCCCACCAGGAAAUGCUUGGGGGCUAUAUGGUGACUUGGACCAGCUUGGGGCACUCAAUCUUUUGACACCCGAAGUCGUGGCCAAAGCUGCAUCCGAGAUCCGUACAGGCCAGCGCGUAUCCCUUGACUGGUCUUUGAACAAACCAUCAUAUCCAAGCUUUGACAGAGAUCCGUUUGAGUGGCAACUGAAGAACAGGGGUGGCCGCACUGUCAACGACGAUCAUCUGAAUUUCAAUACACAAUGUAGCAGUCAAUGGGACGGUUUCCGUCACUAUGGUUACCAAAAGGCUAAAAGGUACUACAAUAAUACAAGUCAACAGGACCUCCAAGAUCCUAAUAACAUUGGCAUUGACGCCUGGGUUGACAAGGGGGGCAUCGUAGGUCGAGGUGUGCUACUGGACUAUCAGUCCUAUUGUGAAGAGAGAGGCAUCCAGCUCUUCGCUAUGUCCAGCUCCGCCAUACCCUUGAUCCACCUUAAGGAUAUUAUUAAGGAACGCCAAAUCACCCUCAAUGAAGGGGAUAUUUUGUUGGUGCGCUCCGGCUUCACGAAGGCCUAUGAGAAGCUGUCCAUCAAUGAGCAGAAGGAACUGGCGGCACGCCCGUCGCCGGACUUUAUCGGACUGGAUGCGACCAAAGAGGUUUUGCAGUGGAUAUGGGAGUCUGGUUUUUCUGCUGUGGCAUCUGAUGCUCCAAGCUUUGAGCGAGCCCCAAUUGCCGGGCCUCAUACUGCUAAAGGGCUACAGUGGGCUGGGGAGGAAUGGGAAGACGAAAUCAUUGGUGGCGGGCUCUUACACCAGUGGCUGCUUGGAGGUUGGGGUCUGCCCAUUGGCGAGAUGUUUGAUUUGGAAGCACUGAGUGACAAGUGCAAGGAAAUGGACAGGUGGACGUUUUUCGUCAGCAGCGUCCCUCUAAAGGUACACGAAAGCUUUACUUCUGCAAAAGCAUGA